AUGCCUUUGCUGCUUCAGUUUUUCCUUUUGCUGCUGCGAAUCUGUGGUCAUAUACUGUUGUCUCUGAUUCGAAUCGUCUUUCCGAAGUCGCGACGUGACCUGAAAGGAGAAGUCGUACUCAUCACUGGAGGAGCCAAUGGAAUCGGACGGCAAAUGGCGCACACGUUUGCUUUGCGUGGUUGCACCGUCGUAGUAUUGGACGUCGAUCAAGCUGGACUAGAUACUGUGAAGAAAGAGCUGCAUAAGGAAGGUCACGUGGUUCACUGCUACAAAUGUGACUGUAGCAACAGAGAGCAGAUUUACCAAGUAGCAGAGACAGUUCGCAAAGAAGUGGACGAUGUGUCGAUAUUGGUGAACAACGCAGGCAUACUUAUAGGAAAGAAGUUUCUUGAUCUUACAGACAAGAGCAUCGAAAAAGUGUUUAAUAUCAACUCUCUUGCACAUUUUGGUUUGUCUCGCUUCGACGAGUGGGGCUGUGACGUCAGCCUGGUCAUGUCAUGCACGAGCACUGCACGGAGGAGCGAGACGUGCAAGGCUUUCCUUCCUGCCAUGUUGAAAAGCAGCAAGGGUCACAUUGUGACCAUAGCAUCUGUUGCUGGCUUGUACGGAACAGCUGGCUUAUCCGACUAUUGUGCGUCCAAGUUUGCUACUGUUGGCUUCAUUGAGUCUCUUCGUCAAGAAAUCAGAUAUGCUCGCAAGGAUGGUGUACAUGUGACACUAGUGUGUCCUUAUCACGUUGCAACAGAUUUAGGCAGGGAUCUUAAAAUAAGGUACAGUGUAGAGCUGGUGGGAGGAGCAGAAGCGAAGGGAGAACGAGGGACAGCAGAUUUGCCAGUUUAACUAACGUUUAUCAAAAUCGUUUACAUCACGGUUUCUAUUAAUCACAUUGAUGUUUGCAAAGAUUUCCAUCUUUAAUGCCAAAGAUGCAGCCAGAAUUUGUGGCAGAGCGCGUGGUGACAGCUGUGGAGAGAAAUGAGUGGCGUGUCAUUUUACCGGCAGCAGUGUCUUUUCUCAUUGAGACGACCAGGAUGCUACCAUAUCAAAGUAGGGAUGCUUUGGGUGACUUCAUGGGUGCCCGAGUACUAUUGGACAACCUCGCGGAAUAAACAAUGAAGCCUAAUGUCACGGUGAAGUGAAAGUUGAAAGUGUAGAUCCGACAAUAUCUUCAUCUGAAGCAACAUUUUUCUAGAGGCCACCACAAAGCGACUUCUCUUGCCGCAAACUCUUAAUUAAUAAGUACAAAUUCUGUUUUUAAUCAUAUAUGAUGCAGCGCGGAGGCAAAAUUGAACGUGCAUGGUGGCGUGAAGCCCUGUAAUUUUUUAGCGUGUAGGUCUGCAUCGGGUCUGAGUAUGCACCAUCGGCAUUCUAAUCUGAAGUGCGGUAGAUGACUCGGUGACCCUUGGUCAAUGAAUACCCCUGGUAAAAGUUGUCCGUCUCAGUGGCAACCAUGACACGCAGACGCCUCACUGUGGAUGCAGGUAAUCUGACUUACGGGCAUUGUUUCCAUGCGGUUUCACGCUCUGUGUAGACAUGGGUAGUUCAGCAUUGCCGCUUGGAAUUUCUUUUAUCUCACAAGCACGCACACUUGGAUAGAUGAAUGAAUGAAUGAAUGCUGGACGGGUUUUCGGGUCUAGCUGAAUCGUAGUGUGCCAUAGGGGCUCUUGGCCCUGGUUAGUUUCUUGUAGACAUAUAUCUGUUGUGAUGGCAAUAUCUCUCAAAUAUGAAUGAAUGAAUGCUGUUUUAUUUAUCCAGGGAAAACCUUCGGCAACACCGAUAUUCCAGGCACCCUGCAGAAGACUAUAUACAUGAGCAACAAAAGCUAUAUACAAAUAUUUACAACUAAAGCCUGGUUCACAAUAUGACGCCGACGCUGAGUUGAGCGUCAAACUUCAAAGAAACCGCCUCGACGUCGGCGGCAUCCUUUGAUGUUGACGCCGACGUCGACGCUGGAAUAG